AUGGCGGCACCGCCCAGACACUCGGCGAUGCUGUCGAUGAACAACGCCGUGGCUACACCGCAGCCCAUGUCAAGCGACAAGUCACAAAAUCUACAGCAAUCAUCAACACCUCAACCCUCGCAAGGUCUACGUGUGCCAUCAAAUCGCAAGACAAUUUACGACCGACACUUGAAUCGAAGCCGAAAUGCAGAGCUCAGCCGAGCCAGCUUCGCGUAUCUCUUUGCCGAGAUGGUCACAUAUGCGCAGCGCCGGGUAACAGGCAUUCAAGAUCUGGAGAAGCGUUUGAAUGAACAAGGAUACCCGCUCGGUCUUCGUCUCCUCGAUCUCCUGUUUUACCGUACAACGACAACUUCAUCCUCUGCCCUCUCCAGCUCCUCAACGUCCUCCUCUCCGCCCAAUCGUCCACUUCGCAUCCUUACUCUUCUCCAUCUCAUCCACGGUCCGCUUUGGCGCCUGUUAUUUGGCCGCUCAGCCGACGCCCUCGAGCAUUCGGUCUCCCCAGACACCCCGAAUGAAUACAUGAUUACGGACAACGAUCCGCUCGUCAAUACCUACAUUAGUGUGCCGCGGGAAAUGAAUCAGCUCAAUUGCGCGGCAUUUGUGGCGGUAUUAUUGAAGGCGUCUGUGACGGCUAUGCGCUCAAUGCCCGAGAAUCAAGCAUGCCUUGCCCUGCACGGGGAAACGUUGGCCAACACCGGCCUGGUACGCCGUGACGAAAGUCCUUUUACCGACGUGACCACUUUUGUCUGCCUGACGGCUAUCCGAAAGGUACGUCUUACGUAG